AUGGGGAUGCUGGUGUGGCAUCUGCAGGUCAGUUGGUGUGGUGAGGAGCUGAAGAGCAGAUUCAAGGUUGAUCAGCUGAUCGCAACUGUUACAAGAUUUCAGAAUUCAGUAUCUUCUACUUCUGCUGGACUUUUGAAGGAGAAACCAAAGGAGAAGGUUGCUGUUGAAAUAAAUGUGGGUUGUGUGUCUGCUGGAUGGAGGCAACCCCGUCCUUGUGUUGCAGAUGGUUGUUCAUCUAUUGGGAAAUUAAGAUGCUCAGUUUGUAAAGCUUUUUAUUGCUCCAAAGUUUGUCAGAUUGAUGACUGGUUUAGCCACUCAAAGAGCUGCCGUAAGCCACCACCUUUAGAAAACUUUGAUGACAAUAGUAAUGAAACUGGUGAGGAAUAUACAGCACCAUUUCCUAAAUCGUUACACAAAGGCAAUGUGGUAGAAGCUAAUUCAAAAAUGGAGAAGCAAGUUUGUAGUGACUUUACCAAUGAUGAACCUCCCACCUGUGAAAAUGAAGUUCCAAAAUCAGUGUCAUUAAGACUAAGUGAAUCUAAAAAGGUAAAUGAUAAAGUCAUAAGUGGUCUUAGCAGUAACAGAAAUGCAGAUGCUGUAAUCUGUGAAUUGUGAAAGUAGACCA